AUGGAAAUGAUGAAAGAAUCCACUGAUUUUGUGGCUUUGCCUCAGGACGUUGAUAAAUCAUCUCUUGCUGGACCCAAAAGCCUCAUCGCUGUCAAGAAAGGGAUGCGCUGGACACAAUGCGACAGCCCUCGACUCAGGAACAACUUGCUUGGGGCUGUGGGAUUCCUCGAGCUUGCCAACGCUGGCGACUUUGCUGCCAACGUUUGGAACGAUACCCCGGUGCCCGUCUACGCGGUGGUACUCAUGGCGAUAGGAGGAUUCACGGCCCUUGUGUUUUCAGUCUUUGCAUUCAUAGACUCGAGGCGAGCCUGGGCCAACAUCUCGUUUCUUCGCAGCCAGCGAAAGUUGCUCGAAGAUGAAAAAGCUCGUCGAACUACGGAUUCGCGACCCACCCAAGAGAUUGACGUACUUCUCGAAAUCACCAUCCGUGAGCUUCGAAUCGAAAUCAUCAACCGAUGGGCAAUGGACGUCAUGUUGGGUGGAGGUGCAGUUCUCAUAGGCACGGGCACGUUCAUGGCCAUCGGCGGUGCUAAUCGUCGCGUAUGGCUAGCCAGCAAUAUCCUCUCCGGAUAUCUCGGAAACGCGCCCAUCGCUGCCUUCGGUUUGAUCAGUGCAACAUGGGCCGUCAUCGUAUGGAAAAAGAUGAGGCAUCAUCGUCUGGCAGCCGAGAAAGCAUUGAAAGGCGCGGCCGCGUUGCCUCUCAUCAAGCGACGUUGUUUCAACCUCCAACUAUUCUAUGUUAUCAACGGCAUUGCUACUAUCCUCGGAGGAGUUGGAUCCAUGUUGACUGCGGAGCGAUGGUGGGGUUAUGUGAUUCUCAUCCCCGUCAUCAUGUCUUCGCUUUUCUGCAACUUCUGGUGGCGCAAGAGAGUUGGUUAUGAUCGCCCCUGGAUUGCCGACCCUGCGCCCAUGAACACCAACGGCCUCGUUCACGCACUGGAAUCCACGGCACAAAUUCGACGAGCUUUCCAGAAUGGCCCUGGCACGAUUCUCCCUCGCAUCGUUGGCGGGCUGCCUAGUCCUGCUUUCCCCGAAGUCGUGGAGUUCAUGGUCAAGCACGAUCUUUUUGAGAAGUUCUGUCUUUAUCUCAUCAACAAUAUGCAUGUGGCACAUGUGCUAGGCCUUCAAAAAUCUAACCGGGUAGAGCUCGGCCUAUCUCACAUUUUGGAAAUACCGGACAUCCACCAUCCUCAGUUGGUGGGACUUGCGGAAGAGUUUCUUAAAGAUGAGGGCGCCAGACAUUUUCAGACUAGGGAAAGGUUCAUGAUCGAGAUCUUAGGGACACAUCUGAUCUUGACUGAGGAAGACCGAGAGAUUGAGGCAGAAAAAUAG